AUGUUUCCAACAGGUUUCUCAUUCCCCAGCCCCCCAGUUGCUGCUGCUCCUCCUUCCCAGGAGGUCAGACCUGCCACUGAUGGUUAUAACAGCACCAGCCCUACUUUGGCCACCUUUACCUCCUGUUUCAAGAAGAGAAAGUUAAACAACAACUACAGCAGCAACAAAAAGAAGACUGAUCCCAUCCCUUCUUCCUGCUCCUCCCCAAGAAUUCCUCUCCCACCUUCCACCACUUUUACAGCUUCUUGCCCCGGGAUUUCAGUUGCCAUCCUCAAGUAUCACUACCUCCAGAAGAAACUGCACCUGGAAGACUCCUUGGAUUUUAUAGGCUUUGUGAAGAUGGCUGAGGAAUCCACAUCUUCUUCUUCACCUGAACUUGCUGCAGAUCAGCAGCAAGAACUUAAAAACAAAAACUUAUUACCCCCCUCUGUGGCUAAAGGGCAGCAUGCAAAUGAGCUUCUCAGAGCCCCCUCUACUACCUCUAGCUUUACCACCAGUAAACCAGGCUCAGCCAAGAAAUUGGUGAUCAAGAACUUUAAAGAGAAACCUCUUCCAGAAAACUACACAGAGAAAUUAUGGCAGAAACUGAAGGAAGCAGUAGAAGCCAUUCAGAACAGUACUUCGAUUACAUACAAUUUAGAAGAACUCUAUCAGGCUGUUGAAAACCUCUGUUCCUACAGGAUCUCUGCAAAAUUAUACAAACAGCUGAGACAAAUUUGUGAAGAACACAUCAGAACCCAAAUUCACCAAUUCCGAGAGGAUUCAUUGGACAGUGUUCUCUUUCUAAAGAAGAUAGAUAAGUGCUGGCAUAAUCACUGCAGACAAAUGUCCAUGAUUAGGAGCAUUUUUUUGUAUUUGGAUAGAACGUACGUUCUUCAGAAUUCAAUGCUGCCUUCCAUUUGGGACAUGGGUCUAGAAUUAUUUAGGACCCAUAUAAUUAGCGAUCAGACAGUCCAGAACAGGACUAUUGAAGGCAUUCUCCUUUUGAUUGAUAGGGAAAGGAACGGUGAAGCAAUUGACAGGAGUUUGCUCAGAAGCCUCCUGAGUAUGCUUUCAGACUUGCAGAUUUAUCAAGAUUCUUUUGAACAAAGAUUUUUGGAAGAAACCAACCAGCUAUAUGCGGCCGAGGGGCAGCGUUUGAUGCAAGAAAGAGAGGUUUCUGAAUACUUUCAUCAUGUCAACAGACGUCUAGAAGAAGAAGAAGAUAGGCUGAUCACUUAUCUAGAUCUGACUACUCAGAAGCCACUAAUUGCAACUGUAGAAAAGCAGCUCCUGGGUGAACAUUUAACAGCCAUCCUUCAGAAAGGUUUAAGUCACCUUCUUGAUGAAAAUCGGACUCAAGAUUUGUCUCUACUCUAUCAGCUAUUUAGCAGGGUAUGCAAUGGAGUUCAGGUUCUCUUGCAGUACUGGACUGAAUACAUCAAGGCAUUUGGCAGCGCUAUUGUCAUCAAUCCCGAAAAAGAUAAGACCAUGGUACAGGAAUUGCUGGACUUUAAAGAUAAAGUUGACUAUAUUACGGAAAUCAGUUUUAUGAAAAACGAAAGGUUUGUCAAUGCCACGAAGGAAGCAUUUGAAACCUUCAUUAACAAAAGACCAAAUAAGCCUGCUGAGCUCAUAGCAAAGUAUGUGGAUUCAAAGCUCCGUGCAGGUAACAGGGAAGCUACAGAUGAAGAACUUGAGAAAAUGUUGGACAAGAUCAUGAUCAUAUUUCGGUUCAUUUAUGGGAAAGAUGUCUUUGAAGCCUUUUAUAAGAAGGACUUAGUCAAAAGGCUGUUGGUUGGAAAGAGCGCAUCGACAGAUGCUGAAAAGUCGAUGCUUUCAAAACUCAAGCACGAAUGUGGACCUGUGUUCACCAGCAAACUAGAAGGGAUGUUCAAAGACAUAGAGCUGUCCAAAGAUAUCAUGGUUCAAUUCAAACAGUAUGUGCAAAACCAAAACUCUCCUGUUAGCAUUGAACUGACCGUGAAUAUCCUGACAACAGGUCACUGGCCAACCUAUGUGCCUAUGGAGGUUCACUUACCGGCUGAGAUGGUAAGACUCCAGGAGAUUUUCAAGACUUUUUACUUAGGUAAACACAGUGGGAGGAAGCUUCAGUGGCAAUCGACGCUAGGACACUGUGUACUAAAAGCAGAAUUUAAAGAGGGCAAAAAGGAGCUUCAGGUCUCUCUUUUCCAAACACUGGUGUUGCUAAUGUUUAACGAUGGCAAAGAAUUUAGUGUAGAAGACAUCAAGCAAGCUACAGGAAUAGAGGAUGGAGAAUUAAGGAGAUCACUCCAGUCCUUAGCCUGUGGCAAAGCUAGAGUUCUGAUGAAAAAUCCCAAGGGCAAAGAUGUGGAAGAUGGUGAUAAAUUUACUUGCAACGAUGACUUCAGACACAAACUCUUCAGGAUAAAAAUCAAUCAAAUCCAGAUGAAAGAAACAGUAGAGGAACAAGCAAGCACUACCGAAAAAGUCUUUCAGGACCGACAGUAUCACAUUGAUGCUGCAAUUGUGAGAAUCAUGAAGAUAAGAAAGGCUCUAGACCACAAUCAGCUUAUUUCAGAAGCAUAUAAUCAACUGAGGUUCCCGGUUAAGCCUGCUGAUCUCAAGAAGAGAAUAGAAUCCUUAAUUGACAGGGACUACAUGGAAAGAGACAAAGAAAACCCAAACCAGUACAAUUACGUUGCCUAAAAUGUUCACCUUUGAACACCUGGUAAAUCAUACCCAGUUGCCAGUAGAUAAAUUAGCCUAUCAUUCCAAUUAAUUGACUUCUUUCCUACUACUGAUGACUUACUGAAUGAAAGCCGCUUUUUCAGUGAUUUAUAUGCCCAUUUAAAGAGCACAGUUUACAUUAAAGAAGAAUGCUGUUGAACCCUU